AGCAGCAGCAGCAGCAGCAAUCUGACCCCUGCAACAGGCACCAUACUAAAAUGUGCAGUGCUCCUCCAGUACCUUCAAAUGAAAGCACCCUGAAAGUGUUAAAGCACAUCACACUACAAGGAAUAAAUGCAGUAGCAAGUCCAAUUUACAGAGCAGGCACCAGGGAGGCCAAGGUUUGUAAGGUUGGCCAGCAAGCCUGGGGCAGGCUUUACCAUGAACACCUACCUCUUUGUGUAUGACUUAAUGCAAUUCUGUGGACAUUCCUGGAUAUUUACAAAUAUGAUCAUCAGGUUCAUGUCAUUUGGAAAAGAUUCAUUGGCCGACACAUUUUACUCCAUAGGACUUGUAAUGCGCCUUUGCCAGCUGUUGUCUAUAUUGGAGAUCCUACACAUCCUCACCGGCAUUGAUAAAAGCCGUCUCUUCCCAAGGAUUCUGCAGAUCGCUGAGAGAAUAAUUGUUUUAUUUGUCGUGAUCAACAGUCAGGAAGAAGUUCAAGGGAAAUACGUCGUGUGUGUUUUAUUUUUCCUUUGGAAUUUAUUAGAUGUGGUCAGGUACACUUACAACAUGUUAGCAAGGAUGGGAAUAUACUACCUACCACUGACAUGGCUCAACUUUUCACUGUGCAUCCCACUCUAUCCCCUUUCAGUUCUGGCUAAAGCAUUUGCAAUUUGUGUUUCACUGCCUUAUUUUGAAUCCUUUGGCACAUACUCCAUCAAGCUACCAUUUCCAUUCGCCUUUUCAAUCUACUUCCCCUAUGUUCUGAAAAUGUACCUGCUAGUGCUCUUUAUAGGUAUGUGCUUUAUCAUCCAGAACCUCUUCUCCGAAAGGAAGGCACACCUAGGGACAGGCAACAUCAAAAAGAAAAGAAGCUAAGUUGAUAUUUUGUUUGGAAAUAAGAAAUAUAUACCCAGUGGGCUGCUGCAUAUCAUAGGUUAAAAAGAAAUUAGACAAAGAUUUUCAAUGCAAAACUUCUGUUUGCAUGUACAUUAUCUGUCUGUGUACAAUUUUCAGAUAAGGCAGGUCUCUUUAAUGCACCUCAAAAAUAACGCUGCUCAAAAUAACUAGUUACUUGGAAAGUUUUGACUUCAAAUGGCAGUAGUAUUAAAAAUAAAUAUAUUUUUUCUAACAUAUAUUAGAGAACGCUGAAAAAAAUUGAAGACUGCCUCCACUCACAAUCACACCAACAACCUUUAUUUUGGUGUUAAUUCUUGCCUCAUUAGCAACAGAUAUUCUGUAAUGACAAAAUCAAUUUAAUCUAUACGAUUAUUUUAUAUUAGGCCAACAUGUAUGUGCCUCAUAUAUAUAAACACUAAAUAGGCCAGAACUGGAAUCUCUCAAGGAGCAGAAGCUGGAAACUUUGCAACCUAUGAGACUCACAUGAUGAUCAGCCCCAGGCAUUCACAAAGGAUCCCUCACAUUCUUGUCCAACCUUCACUUCUCCAAACAAGAUUCCAGAAAAUGCAGCUAAACCACAAAGGCAAGUGAUCAGGUACUCAUCUACUGUAUAUUCAAGGGAAUAUUUAAGGAUCAGAAGUAAAAACUUAUAAUCAUGUGACUGGCAGACAUCAAGAAUCUCUUUCCCCACAAUGAUUUUCUUCAUGCUUAACAGCAGACAGAUACGCAAAAGAAGUGUACAGUAGUCAGGCCAAAUAUAUACUGUUCUUUAAAGGGAAGUGAAUGACUAUCACAAGCUAUGUGCAAAAUUCUAAGCGUUUUACUGAAGUGCAUUGCUCCUCAUACUUCUGUAGACUGACUAUCUGUGAGAAUGCAACUAGAACAUAGUCUUCAAAGGCUGGGAAUGAAGAAUACAGACAGCAACCCAGUGGACUGUACAAGCAAAAAUGGACAAAUAACUGCCUAGAGGCUGGCAGGGGCUCUUCUGAUAUUUCAUCCAUAUUGACUAUCACCUACAUUUGAAUUCAAGCAGGUGGGGGAGAAAAGUGAGGCUAUUUUUUUGAGCUUGACUGAAAACUAGGGGGAGGGAGGAAAGAUAAAAGUUGGAGGGAAGAUAAUAUUUAAAGGGAAAAUGAACACUAUCACAAAUGAAGAGGCUUUUGCCUGUAUGACUUUCUAAACCAUGCAGCCUAAGAGGGUAUGUAAGGAAAGAGUAAAGCUGGCCUCAAUGAACUCAUUUGUUUGUUACGAAAGGUCACCUACUAUAAUUUUUGUUUAUUUAAUAUAUGUGGCAGACAAUGCCUGCAGACUAUUGUGACCACUGGAGUAUCUGCAAACCAUAAGCAACAAAGUCAUGCAUGCAAUAGUAUAGGGUCAACCCUGGAUAUUUUUUUUGAAAGCACUGCAAACAGAGGUAGGAAUUUGGAACUGGUUAGUACUUCCACUUUGGAGUUCUGUCUGACCCAAACUGAUUCAAAUGUGGACAACGUGAAGAAACGCACAGAGCAGCUGAAUAGGAUGACAGCUUUGAAGAAGAGAGCCAGAACAAGAACACUUCACAUCAAACCACUGUGUAACAUGCUAAAGGUGAAACAUGGACAUUUUUCCCCUUGAAAUUCAAUCUAAUGUGUUUGUCCUCAAACUGUCUAGAGUUAACAUGCCCUGUAGGAGGAAACAUGACAUAUGAUAUUGUACUGGAUCUCUGUGGCAAGUGGGGAAGCUGCAGGGAUGGCCUCUGUGAGAAGAAGCCAGGGGCUUCCCCGAUGCCAGACACAGCUAGUUCCAGCCAGCUCCAAAACAGAGCCAUCACAGGACACUGCUGAGCCAAACAGCAAAGCUGAUAGCACCUCUGUGAAAACAGAUUUAAGAAAAGGUA